UUCCCUGAGAACAGUGGGAGGGGGGAAGAGGGCUAAGCGAUGCAGGAUAUUCUCACAGGAUGUGAUGGCUGGUCAGCAGCCGGAGCCGUGAAAUGUGAAGGGAAGAGUCAGCUGAGAGAAGCUCUUCGGCUUGUGGUGUUUGCUCGGUUACUAUCGAUCUGUGAGUGGGUGGGUGUGUGCGCUGAGGAUGUGAAAUCAACAUGGUCAGGAGGCACUGCGAAAAUUAGUCAUCAGCUGAAAGUGAGGUAAAUGUUCUCCAAAAAAAUCCAGAUGGAUGUGUUUUGCAGCGAUCUGAGCCUCAGAAGUGCCCCAGUGAACCUUCCUCAUGGCGUCCAAAUGCUGGACCUUUCACGGAACCAGGUGCAAAAUCUCACCCAGGAAACUCUGGCGUACCACACCGGCUUCCAUCAUCUGAAUCUCCACUCCAACAAGAUCCACUUCAUCCAGCCGGGACUCUUCAAAGACAUGACUGAUCUUAAAGUCCUGGAUCUGUCCAAGAAUCAUCUGAAUGUUUUUGCCCUCUCCAAAAUCAACAUUGGGCCUCUUACAGCUGUAGAGUCGCUUGAUCUUUCAAGCAAUGGGCUGUACACAGGAAUGUCUGAUUAUUUCCUGGCUGAUUCUCCAUCGCUGGCAAACCUUUCUCUCAGCAGCAACAGCAUCACCAAAAUAGCACAAGAUACUUUCAGAGGAUCCCAGUCCUUGACAAAAAUAAGCCUCCACAAUAACGUCAUCUUGGAGAUUGAAGACGGAGCUUUUGAGUCCUUAAAUCGUCUGUCUGAACUCGAUUUGUCCAAGAACUCAAUCACGUGCAUCACAGACUUCAACUUACGCAACUUAAAAAUGUUCAAUCUCAGCAAGAACAGCUUGGAGCUUUUCCAAAGCACAAGAUCAAAGGAUCCCCACAAACUUAUUGGUCUUGAUCUGAGUGAAAACAAAAUGCCUUACUUUCCUCUUCUCCCCAUAAACAACAAGCUUGAAUACCUGGACGUUUCAAGAAACCAACUUCAGAGCAUCAACGUCACAGGUAAUCCUGAAAAUAGGACAACAGUUUAUUUUUAUAACCUGAGAUACCUAGACAUGAGUUACAACCAACUGAAGAGCAUACCAGAGUCCUUUUUUUACUGCAUGGGAUUACUUGAGGUCCUGAAUGUGAGCAACAACUGUAUCAGCUCGUUUUCUAUCACUAAUGUAGGUCUUCUACAGAAAGUGAAGAUUAUUAAUCUCAGCUAUAACUCGCUACAGACUCUCACAUUUGGGGAACACACUCUGCAAGCACUGGAGGAGCUCUUCUUAGAAGGAAAUGACCUCACAACCUUGGGCCAUCAAAUGUUUCAAAGACUUCCAAAUAUCAGACACCUGCACCUCCAGCAGAAUAACCUGGAAAUCUGCACCUCGGACCAAAACCACCAGAAUCCUCCAGAUUGUGUCUCCUUUUCUUCCAUUACAAACUUGCAGUUCCUGAACCUCUCUGAAAACAAUCUGAGGACUCUGCCUGCAAAUGUGUUUGCCAACACCCCUUUGAAGUUACUGGACUUGUCCCAGAACCCGGGCUUAGACAUGGACAAAGACUCUCUCUCUGGUCUGGAGCAUUCCCUGGUUCACCUUCUCCUGAGGGAAAACAACAUUUCCAGCCUAAACACAGAAUUAUUGUCACUGAAGAGUCUCAGACACAUCGACCUGUCCACCAACCAGUUAACCGCUCUACCUAUGUGGAACAAAGAGUUCUCCAUUGAGUCACUAAACCUGCAGAACAACAACCUGGUCACCCUGGAGUACAACACCAUAAUCGCUCUGGAGCACUCGCUAAAGACUCUCUACAUGGGCUACAACCCUCUGAACUGCUGCAGCAACCUCGGCUUCCUCCACAUGGUCCAGCACUCGGCUGUGGUGGUUCCCGACAUCGAGACUGUGACCUGCAUUCACGAGGAGUAUUCAGAACCCGUCAACAUCGAGAAGGUGACCCAGGAAAUGUGUCACAGACCACGCAUCCAGAACUAUAUUAUUGCUGUUGUACUGACGGCGUUACUUAUGAUCAUCGUGCUGGGGCUGCUGGUUAAAUGUUGCCACUCAAGGAAACGAAAACACCACCGAAGCUUUAGCGCGUAAUGUGAAUGGACAGCGCAGGGCCAUGAAGCAGUUCAUAUUGGGGACUUUUAACCAGAGACAGUGGAAAAACAUGAAUGUAGUGUCUGUGAUGUUACCCAAAGUCUUCUUAAGGGACAAUUUAAGACCUUUUUUGGGGUUUAUCACUUCCAUCUUUGCGGGAAGAGAGGGAAUAAAUCCAAAUUCGAGAUGGGACAUGCAAGAGACAACCACAAUGGCUGACUGAGGUUGACACAUCUCAAUCAAGAAAACACGUGCCAUAACAUCCCCUAAAUGAAGACUAAUACAUACAUACACUUUCAAAACAGAAGAAAGAGAAGUUCGGACUUUUUAAAUGGACUUUAAAUGGAAGUCAGAAGUUUCUUGCAUUCAGCAUCUAGUAGCCAUUUCAGGAACCACAACUUUAGAGCCUAAUGGUUAAGCAGGAGUUUCUGCUUGGUUUCAAGCUACUUGCUAACCAUCAGUUUUUUUGAAUGUAAAAUGGAAAAAUCCACACUUAAACACUUCAACAGUUUUGACAACUUGCUCCACUAACAGACCAGACUGAAAUGCAAACAAUAAAAUGAUAAAGGAAUAGAAGAUUGACUUUUUAGGAAAUACACUUAUUCGCCUUCUUGCUGAAAGUAAGCUAAAUAUGAAGCUACAGGCAGCAGCCAUCUUAGCUUAGCUUAGCAUAAAGACUGUAAACAAGGGGAAACAGCUAGCGUAGCACUGUCCAAAGGUAACAAAAUCUGCCUACCAACACCAAUUAACACAUUAUAUCUUGUUUGUUUGUCGCAUGCACUAACUCAGUAACUCCAGGAAGUCACUGCACCCCGUCAAAGAAAAAGUCCGGCACCAAAUAAGAUAUAAAAAAAAUAAAACAUUUAAAUUAGUGUGUUUUAGAGGUAUUGGUAGGCAAAAUGUACUUUCUUACUUUUGAAAAGCACUAAGCUAGCUGUUUCCAGUCUUUAUACUAAGCUAAGCUAACCGGCGGCUGGCUGUAGCUGGUAUCUUCUCAUCUAACUUUCAGCAAGAAAGCAAAUAUGUAGAUUUAAAGGACCAGUAUGUAGCAUUUAGUGGUUAUUUACAAUGCCCCUAUUGGUUUUUCCAUUGAAGGUGACCCACGGCAUGUAGAUAGAAAAAGCUAAUUAUAAACAAAACAAACAAACAAAAAACAUUACUCUUAUAUUUCAGGUGAUUAUACACUGAUGAAAACUAUGAAUGUUAUAUUCCAUCUUUGCCAAUAGAUCCUCCUAAAUGUUACACACUGGUCUUUUCAGGUUUGAACGAGGGGUUCUCCAACGCGAAGAUAAAUCUGUGAGUGAGACAGAAAGAUAAAUCAGAUUUAGUGUUGACACUGGAACAAAGUCAGAUGUCUUCACUCAGUGACGUUCAGUGUAAGACUAUCUGAGGGUGGAAUUUUCCAGUAAGCUAAAAAUAAAGAACACUACAAAAGGUCAUAAAACAAAAUGCUCUGUUCAUGGAUGAUGAAGUAUGAUAACAUGAAGUUGUUUAAGAGUCAUCUGAGAUGACUCUCCACUGAGUUUUUUAUGAAUAAUCCCUUUACCCUUUAUGUAGUUUGCACUUUAAAUGUUCUUUUGUGUGACUUUAUCUUGUUCUAUGACUGUUAACACUAAUGAAUGAAUAAUGUUUUAAUUAUAAAAACUAAGCUGGACAUUUUAAACAGUAUGUUUUCUGUAUUGAUCCCAAGCCUGUGGUCCUCCUUAUUUUGGACACAAAAUCAACUAAUUUGAUAUGAAAAUGGGGAA